CUGUUCUGUCCGGCAACUUAAGGUCCAAUCCUGUCGACUUUCAGAUAUUGACUAUUUCAUCAACUUUUACCGCUUGACUAGGACCAGUUCUUCACCUCUGGAGAGCAACACAUGCAGCGAUGUACCGUUACCAUGACAACCCGUAUGGUCAACACCUAAGCUAACCUAGCUAAUGCACUGUGUAACUAAAAUCAACAUCAAAAUUAAAAUUAAGGAUGCCCACGUCCACCAGAAAAAGUACCUCAGCAAGUUGUGAUGCAGACAACUCCAUAAAGGAAACAGCAACAUGUGAACUGUCUGAUGUGACAAAGCUUCCAGAGAGCACUAACUGCAUGGCAUGCUCUGAAGAUGGUGCUUACCUGAGUCUGGGCCACUCCAAGGGCUUGUCUGUUUGGUCUGCGGUUUCUCUGACCUGUGUUGGAGAGUGGCUGCAGGAGAGACUGGAAAUGACAUCUAUUCAAAUGGCCACAAUGACUGAGAUGACCUAUCUACUUGGCACUGUUGAUGAUAUGGGUGUAGCUAGAGUCUUAGCAUAUCACUCUGAAGGAAUUCACCUUCUCCAUGUCAUUAAUAAUAUGGAAGAUAUCAACAAAAGAAGCAUUUGCCUGUCAUUUCAACUGUCUAAAGGAGGAGAGUAUGGAGCUGCAGCAUUCAGUUGUAGUGGUGCUGUUUGGCUUGAAGUCUAUCAUUUUCCCACAGAGACAUGGCUUAAAGAGUUGGAGAUGAUGUCACAAAGACAGGAUCCAAACUCGUCUGGAGUUUUAGAUGUCAAAUGGUCUCCUGUUGCAGUAAUAAUUGAAAUCAAGCCAUCAGAAACAUUAUUAGAAGGUCCACUCAAACCAUCACAGAUGAAAGACUUCCAGACACACUGUCUGGCUUUGGACAGAGGGACCAGCAGUCCACAACAGCAAGAAACGUUUAAUACAGACAACGGACAAACAAAUGAAAGAAGUGAUAGACUGAGGCACUGCACUGUGCACUUUCUCCUCCCAUUGGUUGGUGGUACAAAAGGAAAACCAGCAAGAUUCCCUGUUGCUGUCUGUGUGUGGUGGAGUAGCAGCUGUAAUCUUCUUCAGUAUUUGCUACAAAAACCACAGAAAAAUAAACCAGAUGUGAAGGUGAUGCCAGAUGUGUUGUGGCCAAAUGCAAAUGAAAUCCUGUGCUCUGCAGUGAGUGGGUGUACUAGAUACGUGGCUCUUGGCCUCAGGGACGCUGUGGUGUGUGUCUGGGACAGACAACUAGGGUCUCCGUUGUCUGUAUUCUCUGUGUCAAACAGGGACAGUGUCUUUUCCAAGAUCCGAUUUGUGGAUUACUGGCCUGUAUCUUCUGAUGAUCCCCUCAUUUGUAGUACAGCAGAGCUCCAUCUUUUAGUAAUAUGUAAAAGUGGGGCCAUGCAUGCGGUGAAAACAGGACGAGGAAGAAAACCCAGUACACUUGAGUUCAUUGAAAGACCAAAAGAUAAUGGUGAUCUUCAGACUAUCACUGCGUCAGUACCAUUCCUGCAGGGUUUGUCGCUGGUUGUGCAAAGAAAUGGAAAAAUCUUCCUUCAAGAUGUCAUCAACAAAACCAUUGCGUGUUUUUUGAGUCUUCCUGCGUCUUACCUGGUUGCAAGUCCAUGCAGCCCCGUGUAUGCUCUGAACAUCAAUCAGCAAACUCUGUACAUACGAGGUGACCCAAAACCCAGCUCCAGUGCUUUUUUAAAAGAAGACUGUCAGAGCCACCUUUACAUCCUCAAAUUUGGAGAACGUGAUGUCUUUAAGCCAUACAUUGUUUCACCGUCAAACUCUCCAAGACAAGAGAGGACAUUCAGCUUUGUCAGUUUAGCAGAGGCCUGUAAUGUCUACCUUCAGCAAAGAGUGGGAUCUGUGGAGGAAAGGAACAAUGCAGUGACUCAAACGUGGAAGCGACUUCCGGAGACCGCACUGAUGGUACAAAAGAGAAACACCUGAAGCACAAAAUGAAAAAGUUUUAAACGCAAGCAUUAUUGUAGUGGUAUGAUGUUAUUGCUGUCGGUCUAAGAUGUUUGUUUAUUUAUCUUAAGCUUCCUCCAGUUUAGCCACCUCCUCUUUUCCUUGAAAGUAGUUUGUCCUUGAACAGUUUGUCAAUGUGUCAUUUCUUCAUUCUGAAAUUGCCAUCAUAGCUGAGAAGUUAUAUUAUUAAUAAUAAUAAUAAUAAUAAUAAUAAUAAUAAUUAUACAUUUUAUUUGAAAGCACC